CUUUCUUCCCUCAGACUAUUGGCGGGAAGAAAAAAAAUAAAGAGAAAGAAAGCAAGAAAGAGAGAAAAUGAAAGCUCUGUCUCUGUUUCCACCAUCUGCCCUCUUCCCGUCCAUCACCACGCGAUCAUCAUCUCUGACCGACCAAUCUCCAAAAUCCCCCAUUCCCAAAAUACCCUCAAUCAAAUCCAAAUCUCCUCCCAUAUUCCCUCACCUUUCCCUCCUCCCCAACGCAAUCCCAAGCAGCAGCAGAAAGGGCAGGAGGGACUUUAGGGUUAGGGCAGACGAAGGAGAUGGAGAGUCGGGAAGCCCCGACGACUACGACAUGGAGGAAGAGGAGGCGGAGGAGGUCGACAACAAGAAGGACUACGACGUUGAGUACGACCGUCUCUUCGCCGUAUCGGUCUCAUCACCCAAUGGGAGCGACGAGAUUGAGAUGGUGCAGAGCAAAAGCUUCGUGUCGACGCAGGGCUGGGAUUCGGAGAUGGUGGUGGAUUACAGGAUCAAUGAGGACGAGUUCCACAAGAUCAGUCUUUUGGACUGCGACUUCUUUAUAAGGAAGCCGCCCGACCCUGACGAUGAUGUGUACGAUUUCAGAGAGAUGUAUGUUACUCCACCUGACACGGAUGCUUAUGCGAUUCCGAGAGUCUUAGCACCAAUGCCUCAGAAGUAUAUUCGUUGUUCAAAAAGUGAUUAUGGAUGCUAUAAUGUUACUGAGCCACCCAUAGAUGCACCUCGAGAUCCAUUAUAUAAAUCUACCAGGGAGAUUAUGAAGGUUUUCUUGACCAAGCACUACAGAAACAGGAGGUCAGGUGACCCAGAGUUUGUUCUAGAUUUUGAGGAGAUCUAUGUUAUUGAUUCAAAAACCAAGUCAAUUACCAGAGCAAAAGUUUUGGUAACAGUUCCAGAAGGAAUAAAUAGGGAUCGAAGGAAAGACCUGCUGAUUAUUCGUGACAAUGGAGCCUCCUUCAAAAUAAUUCCUAUGGCUGAGAGGGAUGAUCCCACCACCAUCAUAGAAAGAGAGGAGUGGAUCCAGACAAGAAAAGAUAUGGAGAAGCACCUGCGGAAGCUCCGAGACUUUAGCAUUUCUAAUUGGUUCUAAUAAAGCGGCAUUUGGAUUAGGAGGUGUUUUAGUCAGGAAACCAUGCAAUCACAAUGGAUGAUGCAGGUGAUUCCAGGAUCAGCUACUGGGUGCAGACAAGGGGGUUCGCCCAGACAUUUUCCUGUCAACUGGUAAGCUUUCAUGAUGUGUAAUGAUAGAAAGGUUUGGGUUUGUGAUCUGCUCUAGUUGAACCCAAAUGCAUUUAACUGUAAACCAUGGGCAUUGCAGUUGUGGCAGGAAACCAUCAUCAAGUGCAGAAAAAGAUAGGUUUAAUGAAGAUGAUGAGGUGCCAACCCAUGGUUCUCAUCGAGAUAUUUGACUUGUAACAGCAAAAGGUUGCAAAAGGAAGGUCUCCGAUUUGGUCCCCUAGUACCUGUUUGAUGAGACAAGUUGUGGGGACCCACCCUUUUGGUGUGGUGAUAAAAACACACAUACCCGUCCAUUGCACUCAACUGAUUUGGCUACUGCUGAUGUUCCUUUUCGGCAUUGAUGAUAGGUUUUUUUUGACCCAUUUCCUAGAAUUCUCAUCUAGCACAAUUCAACAUUUUCUGAAACAAGUAAAAUCGUAGAUAUACAAGGCAUGCAUAUGAUUUAUGCAUUUAUAUGGGUCUCGAAUUCAACAUAAUGCUUGUAAUCUCUCCAAUUCUUGAAAUUUGUAUCUUCUUCCGCUUGGAUCCUUGAUACAUUUUCCUUGGC